CACGCCACCGCCUUCCAGGGACACGACGUGGGCUUCUGCUGCCUGGGCACCACCAGGGCCAAGGCUGGGGCGGCUGGCUUUGUCCGUGUGGACCGGGACUACGUGGCGCAGGCAGCAGAGCUGGCUCGGGCAGGGGGCUGUAAACAUUUUGUGCUGCAGUCCACCCAGGGGGCAAACCCACACAGCGCCUUCCUCUACCUCCGUGUGAAGGGAGAAGUGGAAAACCUGGUCCAGGCCGUCGGCUUUGAUCGCUGCACCAUCCUGCGGCCAGCGGUGCUGCUGUGCAAGCGCCAGGAGUCCCGGCCCAUGGAGUGGAUGGCCCAGCAGUUUCUGGGUGUUGUGUCUCGGGUCUUCCCCACUGCUUACUCAGUGCCUGUGGAAACAGUGGCCAGGGCUAUGGUGGCCACCGUGCUGCAGCCCAGCAACGGGAAGGUGGAGGUGCUGGAGAACAGGGCCAUCCACGAGCUGGGAAAGGCUGUGCCGCAGCAGGGCACGUAG